CCAUGCUCUUCUACCCUAGCGGAAACGAACAUCACGCUCUCGCAACCUCGUCGUGGCACUGCUCCUCCUAAGUUUCCACUGUCCAAGCUCUCAUUCAUUCUCGCCCCCUGCGCACGGAGUUUCUGAGCUCAGGGUUCAAAUUUCUCGAGCAGAAGGCGCACGUUUGGGUUUGUGGGUGCCUGCCCGUGUGAAGGAAGGGUGGGUGGGUGUUGUCUGUGGGAUUCGCGUGUGUGUGCGCGUUCGGGAAACAGAGGGAGAGCCGGGAUUUUGGCGGGAUUUUGGCGGGGUUUUCUUGUUUCGCGUUCUUUUUUUUGAAGAUGGGGUGGCAGAGGGGAGAGAGUUAUCAUCCAGGUUUUGGUUGAGGAGGAAGGUGUGGAGAGAGGUCUUGGGGAAAGUCGUCUUGGAGAAGAAGACGUGAGUGUGCGGGUGGGAGUGGUCUGCAAUAGCUUAUUAAGGGAUCUAGACUAGUUGCAAUGGAUCCAAGGGUAUGUCGUGGUGGGGUUGAAGGGGCGAGAACUUGAGAGCUGUGAUGAGGUUGCGAGUAGUUUGCAGUAGGAGCCGAUAUUCUGGGUGUUUUUGGUCGCUUGAUUUGAUCCAGCAUUGAAAGAAAAAAAAGGCGGAGGUUUAAGAAGGGUGUGUGGGUUUCGAAGAUGGCGAGUUUGGGAGGGGUUAAGAGCAGAGUCUCGACAGCGUGUCCAUGAUCAUUUGCACCCCGGCGAAAUCUCGGUGUUGGAAUCUGGUCAAGCUCGCGGGCUCACAGAGCUGGAAAUACCGUGACAUGCGACAGAAUUGGAUUUCUUGAUGUUCAGUGUGUUGAGAAAUUGUGGGGUCAGUUUAUUGGUUAAGCAUGCGCAUGAUCAUUAGCUGCAUAUUGAAUAUGACAGGGUUUAGUUUUUGAAAAUUUUGGAUUAGUAAAGAUGCACGGGAGGCUUAGAAUACACCUUCAGGUGCACAUGAUUCUCGUUUCUGGUGUUUGAGAGUAUUGAUCGAAGGUGGGGGAUUAGAGAGAACCGAAGCCAUGGAUUCAUUUGCGUAGGAAGCGUGAAUUCAUGGCAGCAGUGCAGGCCCUGGCUCGUGCACCUGUUGCCCUUCCGUCUCCAGCAACAUCCUUUACCUCUCUUUCCACCCCUAUGACUGGGCACUGGGGUGCUGGUGCCCUUCACCAGCGCCUCAAUGCUUUUGUGAAGAAGUCUCUCAUUCAGCAGCUUGUUCCUACUGGUGCUGUUGUUUGUGAUCUCUAUUGCGGACGAGGUGUUGACACAGAAAACUGGGCUGCAGCACAAGUUGGGAAAUAUGUAGGCGUUGAUCUAUCAUCAUCAGCUUUGGAGGAAGCAAAAGAACAGUGGGAGAAGAAUGGGAAACCAUUCGCUGCAAGAUUUUGUGAACUAAACCCUUGCAUGAUAGAUUUGGAAAAGAACUUGGGAGAAGAUCGUCUUUCUGCCGAUGUCAUCACUUGUCUCGCUCAUCUGCAGGAUUGUUUUGCAACCGAGGAUAUGGUACGCCAGCUGCUGAAGAACGUUGCCACUUUACUGAAGCCAGGUGGCUACUUUUUCGGAGCCACUCCCGAUUCCUCCACCAUCUGGUACAAGUACCAGAAAGCAGUUGAAGGGGCAAUGAAAGCGGGAUCAUUGAGAGCCAACGGGCAUCUCCCUCGCGUGAGAACAGAUUUGUAUAGUAUCAGCUUCGAGGAUGACCGGUUCAACCAAUAUGGAUCUAGGUAUCAACUCCGCUUUACAGAUGAUACCGUCCCACCCCAAUCGCAGAUCUUGGUGCACUUCCCGAGCUUGAUCAGACAUGCGGAAGAAUUUGGACUUGAAUACGUGGAGAUCCAGAACCUGACUGAAUUUUAUGAAGACUACCGUGUUUCAUUUGCAGAGACCCUUCAGAACAGCUGUGGCACCCUGGUCGACUCUAAAGGAAAUCUAGUUGUGGAUGGGAAGUCUCGCCUAUCUCCGAUGGCCCAAGAUGUUUUAAGUUUGUACACAACUUUCAUCUUCAAAAAACCCGACCCUCAACAACGCGUACGAGUUCUGAAGCGACCUGCUCCGCAUGUGCCUACACUUGCACCUACUCCUGCAUCGGCCGAUGUUAAGAAGAUCAAAAAAUUUAGCCCCGCUCCUCCUGGUCAAGUUGCUGUACAGGAUGAGACGCCUUUCAAAAAGCGUUCCUUUUUGGCUCCCGUACCAUCAAAUACUUCAAAUGGUUCGAAAGUACAAGAGUCAAUUCCGAAACAGGAUAUAAGUUCCAGCAGUGCUAGCAGAUCGAAAUCUGAAGUUCCCCUUAAGAACGAAUCUGAUCGCUCCAGUGGAAAGUGCUUGAAACCCUCAGAUGGAGAACUGAAACCUGGUAGUUUACAGGUUAAUGUGAGCCAGUUGAAGUCAGUGGAGAGGCUCUCUAAACUUGACAUUCCAAUCGCAGAAUCUGGAGAUCAGCUUAAAUCUGAUGAAAAGGUACAAAAAAUGCAGAGUCCAAGCACAGGCAAGCUUAGUGUAUCAGGAAGCCAGAAGACUGACAGUCCAAGCGCAUGUAAACCAAAAGCACCAGGAGGUCAGAGAAAUGAUAGUCCGAACUUGAAGGCUGAGGCCUUCCAGCCCAAUAAAAACAUCACUCAUGGAAUCUCCGAGUCAGAAUUAGACAGACCUAGCUCCAGUGGAUUGCGCCCUGAAAGCCAUCUUAAAACUGAAUCUGUAGAACGAGAGAAGCGUGACUCCGAGAAACGGGGAAAUGAUGGUGAGCAAAGCCAGGAACCAGCAAAGCGGAAACGGAUAUCGAGAUGGUCCAGUGAAUAUGUUCCGAAGCUUAAUACUUCAACUGAAGAACAAAACACUGAGAGGAAAGUUACGAUACAGCAGCCUGGUCAGGGCUCGUCAUCUAGUCUCUCAGCAGAACACCAGCUUGAGGGAGGCCAAACUCAUCCAACUGUGGACUCCCUCGCCAAAAUUGAAGGAGAUGCGUUUCCAAAGCCAGCAAUUUCUGCUCACGAAGCACAUGUCGCUAGUGGUGCAUCGCAGGUUGGAGAAUAUCAUUGCUCGGAGAACGCUACAAGUAAUGCGAGUGAUAGCAGCUCUCAGCAUGAUGAUAAAUACAACCACAAUGAUCCAAAUAUACCUUUGAAAUUUCAUUAUCAGAGGAGUUCAAUUGGAAGUAAAGAGCACAGGAACGAGAGAGGUUCAACUCAGAAAAAGAAUCAUGAAAAUGGUACUACUGAAUCAACGCCAGCUGGACGUGUAGUAGAGCAAAUCGAAGAAGGUGAAGUUACGGAGCUUACUGUUCGUAAGACCUCAAGUCCAAUGAAGGAUAGACCUAUGGCAACUACGCUGCAUUAUGAAAGGCGCUCUGCACAGAGGGCCGAGCGUUCUGGAACUGUAUCAGGCUCUUCCUACAGACGGGAAGCAGUAGCCUCUGACUCACAAUCAGCGAAACAUUCAUCACGCAACAUGGAAAGUAUUAGAGCUGUAAUCCAGGUUGAGGAAGAUACUCAUAAUAAUGACAGCAAAGUUGGGCCUGCAAUGCAGAGUAAUCAUACAGUCAGCGAAUUUAAGUCCGAUAAAGCUUCUGCUAGCGGAAGUGAAGGUUUGGCGAAUGAUGCUCAACCCCAGGAGAGUUCAAAACAAGAGAUUUCGUCCGCCAUAAUUGAGCCUGGGGUCAAGACUAAUGACCAGGAGAAGCGUGAAUUUAUGGACCCUCGCUUGGAUAAAGCCACAAAUGAUCAGAAGAAAAUAGCUGAUUCUAUUUCAACUCAGGAAAGUGUACGUACAGUUUCAGAAGUUAAGAAAGGUAGUCUGAACCCAAAACCUCGAAAGAAAGAGAUUGCUUUGGACUUGUUGCUGGAUAGAACUACGAAUCUGACCAGCAUCAGUACAGCUUCUUGUGCUGCACAAGUUGUGGAAAGCACAGGCAACGAGCUCUCUUCUGAAAAGAGUUCAAAGAAGAACAGAGAGGGUGCAUCCAUCGAGCCUGAGCCUGGGAGAGGAUUAGUUCAGAACAAAGACUCUGCAGUUGCCAAUGUGGAUUUUGAGAAGGGCUCCAAGUCGAGCAGAGUCAGUCCUGCUGGGGAGUACCAGCCUGAGUCAGGAUGCACUCAGAAGAGAGACACUGGUACGUCUGCAGAACCCUCAACUUCUGACCUAGGCAGGGAUCACACUAGAGAUAGCGUGGAAACUGACUGCCAGGCGCCGAGAGGUCAGGGUUUCAAAAGAGAGAAUUCAGACCCAAUCUGGGAGACCAAGUCCCAACGCUUCGCUCUGCCGAGACGUGCAGCGUCUCAAAUGAGUGAAGGAGCUGCUGAAAACCCACCGCUAUGGAGCAGGGGAAACUUCGGUUUGAAAAUUGAUAGAGAUCCACAGGGAAGAGGGCAGCAUGUGUACCCCCCCCGAAAUCCUUAUGCAAAUUCCAGCACAGGAUUUGGUGCUGCUUCUAGACCUCCUCCUCUUCGAGCAGCAGUGGAGAGAAGGGUAGUUGGACCUCCAUUACAGGGUGGUGCAGGAUUACUUGGAGCCGCUCCGUCACCAGGCUUUGUAGACAGAGGAUUACCAGCAGAUAGGAGAUUUGACAUGAUGGGCCCUCCUGAAUGUGGCCGGAGUUAUAGCGAUCUUCGAGGAUCUCGCCCCAUUCGAGGAUCUGUGUACAAGGACAGGGUUUCUGGAGUCCCGAGAGGACAACCAGACUUCGCAGGUGAGGGCAACAAUGGCCUGGGAGCUUCAUGGGAUGACCAUUUUCAAGGUGAUGGGCGAUCAAGGAACAGAUGAUCUGAACCUUUUUUCGCUCUAUUUGAUAGACACGUUUUAGGUUUCGAUGUUUCGGAGUUCGUAGAAAGCUCUUGCGCCUACUAACUCCGAAGCAUCUCUGCGCUUCACAAGGAACACCUCACGCCUUUGUUGUGAUGGGCGACCUUGGAUUCUCGAAGGUUUGAUUUUAAUGUCCAAGUGGACAGCUUAUUAAAGAGACCGGAACAUUUCUGGUUUUUCAAAGGUUGAGAUUAUGGGCUUUGAGCUCCACGUGCAGCCAUCAUACGAGACAAAAUCGAUUUAUUCACUUGUAUAGAGUUAUGCAUCCUA